AUGGCUCUGUGCUUGUGUUCUCAAGUUCGAAGUCCAGUUGUUGCCUGUUUACUUGGUUCACAAAUUUAUCGUACAGCUGCAAAACAUGCCGAUACAGAAGUUGACAAAGAAUUAGAACAAGAUUAUUUUGAUAAAGCAAAAAAAUUUGAUCAACAUGCCGGCCGCAUCAUCGAUGAAUGCUACAAGAUAGACAAAAAUCUUGCUAUAAAUAUAUUCGAAUCACCUAGUGUUGUAUAUUUCAAUUUAAUACCAUUGCAAUUAGCACUCAGUGCUGGUUGUAGAAAAUUCUUAGCAGCUGAUACUGUACAACACUAUUGCCAUUAUAAAUGGUACGAACAUAUUGACAGCGAUCAAAAACUAUUAAGAAUGUCUGUUCGUACAUGGGUAUUGGUCUCUGCAUUAAUUAUUCCACUUGUUCCCGUUCUUUCGCUAUUUUUACCAUCGAUCAAAGAUAAAGAAGUGAUAUUUUUUAUAUUAUUUUUGGGUUUAUUUAGUUUUGUUCUUUUGGUUGAUUAUUUUCCAUUGAAUAUUUAUGGUGAAACACGUUCCGGUAUUCAAAAUUUACUAAUACCGAGCACAGAAAUUAGUCUACAUAUUUGUUUCUGGGGUUUAAUUAUCGAUGAAAUAUAUCAGUGGGUUAAACAUCAAAGAAAGGAGCAAGAUUACAGCGGCGAUGUGCGAAAUAUUUCAGAUAUUUUUGGAAUUAUUUUUUAUUUGAUUGGAUUUAUAACACGAUUUAUUGUUUUAGAAACAGCUUUUAUUGUAUCAAAAAUUUCGAUGUGUAUGGCACUCAUUUUUUGGUCGAUACGUUUAUUACAUUUAUUUGCUGCCUAUGAAUCACUUGGGCCAACAUUAGUUAUGAUUUUUAAAAUGACCCAACAAGCCAUGUUAAUUUUUGUUUGUUUUAUUCUAAUAUUUUUAUUUUCAUUUUCCAUAACAUCUGUGUCCCUGUUAACAACAACAUCUCAAGUAACUUGGAUCUACACUGAUGAUGGACAAUUGUUUAAUGCAACAGUGACCGGUAAGGGAUCUGGAACUGAGAUGUGGAACUGGCAGUUAUUACGGGAUGUUACCACCUGGGGAAUCUGGAAAGUAUUUGGACAAAUUGAUGAACCAAUUAACAAUAGCGUCAGCACCAACGAUUCAUAUGGUGCAUUUGUUUUUAUAUUCGCCAUUUUAUUUGUUAUGAUUGCUAAUGUUCUGUUGUUGAAUGUGCUGAUUGCAAUGUUCAAAUUCAGCAUCUUUAUGCAAUUGUAUAUGAUGCAUAUUUUAGCAUCACCAGCUAUUGAACGUCAAAACAAUAAUUUGCCGCCAGUAGCCAUUAAAAUAACCCAGCUAAUGGCACGAGAAAAACAAAUAUCAGGAUUAUAUUGGAAAAAUUAUUUUAUUACAGAAGAAAAACAGAAACAAACAAACGUGGAUUUGAAAACUAUGGAAAGAAAAUUAGAAAAAAUCUACGAUACAAUUAUUCACAAUAAUCAACCAGCAGAACAGUUAGAACCAGAUUUUGUACGUGGCUUAAUGAAACUAUAUUACGAUCAUCCAGAAGAAGCUCCACCUAUUACAAUAAACACACAACGAGUAGUACCGCAUGGCAAUCAGCUAAUUAAUGGCUUUGAAGAAGAGUUUGGACUUGAUGAGCAGCAGUUGCCAGUGCCGCGAGGAUCCCGUCAAAGAUCUCUAACUCGACAUUCCUCAAGUUCAACCGAGAUGUUAACCACAUCACCAAGAGACAAUGCACCGAGAUCGCGGUCACGUCACGCACUGUUAAUAGAGGAAAAUAAUAGCAAACCUCCCAAUGUAAGAAUUAUAACAAAAGUAUUACAACGACAGCGGAAAUGA